AUGGCCAAAACUCCGUCCAGAGAGCUCAUUCGCGCUAUCGAGCAAGUUCCGUUCACCUGGUGGUUCCUCGCCGUGGGUGGUGCCUGGAUUCUGAGCACAAUUGUCAAGAUUCUUCAAACGGCAUAUUUCAGCCCCCUUCGCAAGGUUCCUGGUCCCUGGUAUGCGCGCCUGACAAGUGCUCGGCUCGCCUGGGCAUCAUUUGCCAACAAUCGGAUUUAUUAUGUGCAAUCGCUCCACGAUAAGUAUGGGCCUAUUGUGCUCAUCGGCCCCAAGGAGGUCGACAUAGCCGAUCCCGUGGCUGCUAAGCAAAUCCACCGCAUGGGGUCGGGGUUCGUUAAAGCCCCCUUUUACAAGCUGCUCUCUCCCGGUCCGGUUGAUAACAUCUUCAAUUUCCGCGAUGCCAAGCUUCACAGCAACCGACGCAAGCUGUACGCUAAAGGCUUCACUUUAAAUAGUUUGCGGCAAGAGUGGGAGCCGACGAUUCGCAACAUUGUUGCGCUGACGGUUGAGAAAAUCCGCCACGACGCGCAGCAGGGCGAAGCGGAAAUCCUAGGCUGGUGGACUCUGAUGGCCAACGAGACUGUGUGCAAAUUAACGUUCAAUGGCGGACAUGAUACGGUGCGCAAUGGAACCAAGGAUCCCUUCGUACUAAUGCUGGAACGUCGCAUGGGCGACCUGGCGCAUCUGCUGCAGCAUUUCACCCCACCGCUGUACUAUCUAGGUCGUCUGCUUGCACACGGGGUGCCCCGGCUACACGACGUCUUCUUCUCACAGGAGAUGAUGUUUGAGGCAGGCAAGAGCGUCGUGGCAAUUGCCCGUGGUGCGCGCGGUGGCGGGGGAGACCGGAAUCUGUUCGUCAAAGCCCUGGCCGCAGGCGAUUUGGAGAGCAAAAUUGGCGGCCUCAAUGACACGGAGAUCAUCACUGAUGCCGGGGCAUUGCUCCUGGCUGGCUCGGACCCCACGGCAUUAUCUCUGACAUUCAUCAUUUGGUGCGUGCUCAAUCGCCCCAAAUUGCAGGCCGAUCUCGAGUCCGAAGUUGCGGGAUUGCCGGAAGAUAUCACGGAUGCUGCCUGUGCAGACCUACCAAUCAUGAAUGCGGUGAUACAUGAAAGUCUCCGUUUGUAUGGACCGGCCCCUGGAUCGAUGCCUCGCAGUCCGCCCCCUGACGGUGCCACCCUGUGUGGGUAUUACAUCCCUCCCUCGGCCGUGGUCGUCACACAGAACUGGAGUCUGCACGGCAAUCCGAAGGUGUGGAAAGAUCCUCAUACAUUUGACCACACGCGGUGGCUGCCGGGGACGUCGCUAUCAGAAGAGGCGAAGAUGUCAUUCAAUCCCUUCGGCCAGGGCGCACGUCAAUGUCUAGGCAUUCAUCUUGGCUGGAUGCAGCUGCGUCUCGCUACGGCUUUAUUUUUCCGUCGCUGCCCAGGAGCCAAAUUGGCUCCUUCUACUACUCCGGAGAGCAUGGCUAUGAUUGAUAGUUUCAUCGCCGGUAUGCCCAAGGCACGGCGCUGUGCCAUUCAGUUGUAA